UGAGAAAUAUAAAUAAAAUAAUAAUUAAAUAAACGGAAGGAUGUAAGUCCACCGAAAGCACCGCCAUCCAACGACCCGGUUUGAAGCGCGCAUCCCCGGAGCUGACGGUGAGGAAGGCGCAGAGGAAGCGUAGGGCUGCAGAAGGAGAAGGAGAGAGAGAGAAAAACAAACAAACAGAGAAAAAACGCUGCACUGGAUGGUGUGGGAUGAAGAUGAUGAUGAUGUUCCCCUGCACGCCCCGCUGAUACUCAGGGACUGUCAGACUGGUGGUGGUGGUAAGGAUUAUCCAGGAGACAAGCGGAAGGAAGACAGGGAGGAGGGGAGGCAAGAGACAAGCAUCAUCCAGGGAGGACGGCAUUGUGAGUGAGGCUGUCCGACCAUAACGCGGAACAGUAAGAAAUUCAUUAAAAAACGGAGGGGAAAACACUGAAUUAAAACCUGGAUUAGCGUUUUACUUUUUUGCCCUCUCCUUUUUCCCCCUUUCCCCCCUUUUUUUGCAUAUAGACUGUAGUUAUCACCGGAUACUGGAAUUCAGGGAAUAAAGUCAGUUCAUGUUGUUCCAGAAACGCAUGCAGAUCCAGCAGAUCUGAGUGGGAAUACCAGCUCUCCGCUUGUUAUGCAACUCAAAUCAAUUGCGGCUCUUUAGAAAGUGCCCUAAUAUUUCUUUUCCUGGAGCCUGUGUCUGUGUGGUGUUCUCGAGGGCGGCUGGGAUUACUGAGGCUGCUCGCUCAUUCCGGCGUGCGUGUGUGUGUGUGAGUAGGGGGGGUAGGACCAUAUUGGAGGCUUGCUGGUUGGACUCCGCGGAGAGAAGAUGUCGGGGCAGACGCUGACGGACCGCAUCGCCGCGGCUCAGUACAGCCUGACGGGAUCCGAGGUGUGCCGAGCGGUGUGCAAAGCCACCACGCACGAACAGACAGCCCCGAAGAAGAAACACUUGGAGUACCUGAUCCAGGCCACCCAAGAAACCAACGUGAACGUCCCCCAGAUGGCCGACACGCUGAUAGAGAGGGCUGGCAAUGCCAGCUGGGUGGUGGUUUUCAAAGCCCUGAUCACCACACACCACCUUAUGGUGCAUGGCAAUGAGAGAUUCCUCCAGUUCCUGGCAUCUAGAAACACCUUGUUCAACCUCAGCAACUUCCUGGACAGAACUGGCUCCCAUGGCCUCGACAUGUCCACAUUUAUCAGACGCUACAGCCGCUAUCUCAACGAGAAGGCGUUUGCCUACAGACAGAUGUCUUUUGACUUUGGCCGUGUCAAGAAAGGAGCUGAGGGUGUGAUGAGGACCAUGUCAGUAGAGAAGCUGCUGAAAGGAAUGCCUACUCUGCAGAGCCAGAUCGACGCACUGCUGGAAUUUGAUGUGCAUCCAAAGGAUCUCAACAAUGGAGUGAUAAAUGCCUGCUUUCUCCUGCUCUUCAAAGAUCUGAUCAAGUUAUAUGCUUGCUAUAAUGACGGCAUCAUCAACCUGUUAGAAAAAUUUUUUCAAAUGAAGAGAAGCCAGUGUAAAGAUGGGCUUGAGAUCUACAAGCGGUUCCUGACAAGAAUGACUCGAGUUUCCGAAUUCUUCAAAAUUGCUGAGGAAGUGGGAAUAGACAAAAAUGACAUACCUGAGCUUACUAAGGCCCCCGAAAGCCUUCUGGCAUCUCUGGAGACCCACCUCAACACUUUGGAGGGGAAGAAACCAGAGGAUAAGUCGCCCACAAAGGAUGCUACCGCUAACAAUAGCAUGCCAGCAGCAGCAGCACCUGCUGCGCCAGCCAAGCCCGCACCUCCCGCUGCUUCCGGUGGGCCUCCAGCCCGCCCCGUGCCGCCUGCCAAGCCCCCUCCACCCUCUGUCACUCCCACUGCACCAGUCCCCACCACUGCCAGCAAUGCACUUGAUGAUGGAUUCCUCUUGGAUCUAGAUCCCAUGUCCUCCUCAUCAGCAGGGGGCACUGCAGCAGCUUCCUCCACAACUGGAUGGGGAGAUCUCUUGGCGACUCCGGCCGCUACCGACGGAGCUUCUGAAUCUCUCCUGGCAAAGAAAGAGUCUGCUGAAGCCAAUGCUGCGGCUGCUGCUGCCCCCGUGGCUGCCCCGCCCAUAGCCCCUGCUCGUUCCACCACUGCUGCGGCUGCGCAGGCGCCCACCUCGCUGCCCAUCUCUGCUCCUGCCUCCACCACCUCAGCCACAGACAUCGACCUUUUCGGAGAUGCGUUUGCACCUUCCCCAGGAGAUGGUCCUGCUGCCGUGGCUGCGGGCCCUGCUGCUGAUGCAUUUGGUGGAUCUGACCCCUUCGCUACAACGGAGGGCAGUGCGGACAUUGCUCCAGAACUGGACCUGUUUGCUAUGAAGCCCACCGACACGGGGGCGGAUGCUGCUGCCAUUACUCCUCCCACCUCUAGUGAUGCGCCGACUAUCAUCGCUCCCAUUGCUGCCCCCACCCCUUCUUCCACUAAUACCACCACCACAACUACUACUGCCACAACCACCACCGACACCACCACAGAGUCUGCAGCUGCCCCGACUCUAGAUCUCUUUGGUGAUAUGUUUGAUUCUAUGCCUGAGCAAAGCCCUACCACUGAAUCCAAAGCUGCUACCACUCCUAGCGUAGACCUUUUUGGUGCAGACCUUCCUGCUGUUUCACGCGGGCCCUCUCCUUUGCCUGAGCCGGCUCCGGCUGGAGACAUUGUGACGGAUUCGUUUUCAUCUCCUGCUUCUACCCCUGCCGCUGCCCCGGCUCCUGCUUCUGUUCCUGCGGCAGGGACCUCAUCUCCACCUGAAGCAGAGCCAGAGCCUGUCAUUGACCUGUUGGACUCUUUCGGGGGCCCUGUGGAGGAAACGCAGAGUCCUGCUCCUGUAGGACUUGAGGACGACCUGCUGGGAGGACUAAUGUCCCCCACCCUCACCCCUGCUGCCGCUCCAGCCCUGGCUCCAGCUCUGGUGCAGAAUGACCUCCUGGAGACGGGUUUUGAUGCCUUGGGCGCGCUUCCUUCGCCAGCUCCACCAGUACCUGCUGUAGUGGCAGCAGUACCAAUAGUUCCAGCUCCAGCAACAGCGGCAGAACCUCCAUCCACCACAUCAGCACCCUCUGGUGGCUUUGAUGCUUCAAUGUUUGAUGGAUUAGGUGACUUGCUGAUGCCUAGUGUAACGCCCCAGAGCACUGGGGGCAGCACUACUGGAAGUACUACAGGAAGCAUGGGAACUCCUGUUGCAGUGGGGGGUAUUGCAGCCGCUCCAUCCGCCACCCCUCCUGCUACCAAAACCAUUGUAGGAGAUCUGGACACAUCGCUGGCCAACCUGGUUGGAGACCUUGGAGUAAAGAAAAAGGACUCACAGAGUGAGAAGAAGCUGACAGGAGGUGCAAACUGGAUGCCACAGGUAGCCCCCACAAGCUGGGCUACACCGGGAGCCCCCAUGACUGGUGCCACCCCUGGAGCUCCUGGGGUGCCAGGAGCAGCUCCCCCUGGUGCAGCCAUGGUGCCACCAAUGAGUGCACAGCCUGGCUUUGGCAUGCCUCCUGCAGCAGGGCCUGGAGCUCCUAUGAUGCAGCCCAUGAUGGGACAGCCCAUGAUGAGACCUCCCUUCACUGGGGUGGCCGGAGUUGCACCUGGAGCCGCUGCACCAGGAGCACCGCUUUCUCCAGGACCUGCAAGCCAGAGCCCCAAGAAGCCCAAGGACCCAUUGGCAGAACUUGACCUCAAGGACUUCUUAUAACACCCCAGCUGCUUCCCUCUUUGGAUGAGAGCCCCCUCACCUUUUUACCUGGUGUCUGUCAACAUCUCAGGAUACCAGCGAUGUUCAGCUAUUCAACCUUAUUAAGAGCCUCUUUUCUCCACCCUACUCCAGCCCAGCCCUUCUCCUGUGUGAUGUUGUAGCACAAACUGUGAAAGUGAACCAUAGCAGAUUACAUAUAAAUAUACGAGAAAAAAAUAAAAGUGUGUGCUUAUGUCGAUGUACCAAACUUUUGUCUAAACAAAAUCACUUAAAAAAAAUAAUAAUUAAGCGCGAGAAAGCGAAGGCGUACGUGUUCGGAUUCAUUUCUAGUACUAAGUCGAAUGAUGGAUGUGCUUUGGUGUCCUGAGCUCCUCCCCUUAUUUGUCUCCGCCCCUUUCUUUGUCCAUACACCCUUUGUAAAGGGGGAGGGGGUCUCCUUUUGUCCCGCUCUGAUUGGAUUAGAGUGGGAAAAACAAACAAACCCCCGGGAGAUUUUUCUGAGAAACAUGCUGUGUGUUGUUUACAGAAAGGUCCUCUUUGAUGUACAUAGAUUUCUCCGGGCGAGGAUUUCGUCUCUAUUCUGUACGUGUGUUGAAGAGAAAUAUAAAUGUGAGUCAGACAUGAAGUUGUAAGAAGUGGUGUGAGUAUCCUUCUAUUUACCAUGAUCUUUCAACACUAUUUGGAAGCAAAUAUGACUACCGCUACAUGAUUAAUAUACUGUGUAUUUAGAAACCUCUUCUAUGGGCUUCUGAGUCAUACAAGACCAGCAAGUGAUCCUUUUGUUUGUUUCUCUUGUUUUUCUUGUUUUUAACUGGUGGCUUAUUUUUCUACAUUUCUUCUUUUGUCUUUUUGUUUUAUGUUAUUCAUUUGUAUAUGUUCUGUUUGUUGUAGAAUAAUCCUCCAUACUGCUACUGAUAUUUGCUGGUAUUUCUAUUACAGGACAUAUCUUAAAAUGUACUUCUUCAGCACGGAGGUAAAUUCAGACUAUUCCUGUCUAACUGUCUACGUAAGUCUGCUUUUGACACUUCUCACACGGGGAAUGUCUGGUGCCUGUUCUUUCUUUCAGACUUUCUCAAUAGCAAUGCCAUACCAAACCCUGUGUUCAGCCAGCUCAAAUUAAUCAAUUUGACAUCCAGUUGAUUUAAGGAUUGAAAUUUAUAUUGAGUCAUUUCUAAGAACAGCAGUUAAUCAACAUGGUAACCUAGCAACAACUAGAAAAUCCCAUCACUGACUUGGGUGCGGAUUAAAGGUACGUUAUGGAGUUUGCAUACGAUAUUCUGCUUGCAUUCAGUAUUUCACACCAAAGAAAGCUGUUUAAGUAUCCCCGAUCCGUUGAUUAUGGUUAUGAAUACGAAGCAUUUACUUCAUGUAAAGAAAAACCUUUGAAAUGUACAGUGUUUACACCUCCUCAUCAAAACCUUACUCCUGUUAGCAGUGGAAAACUCCACAUGGUACCUUUAACUUCAGUGUUAUCUAGCAGUAUGCACCCACUGAUCAAACGUGGCCAAGUUAUAAUGUGAAGAAAAAAAUCCAAUCCUGCUGCUGUCUGAACACUGCGUUUGAGUUCUUCAUAUGAUCAGUACUGACGAUCGGCCAUUUUUUAGUGGAACUGUAUGUAAUUCUGUAUGUGGCCACAUGAGGAACAGUGUGUAGAGAAACCCACAGGAGGUCACUGUCGAACCUUCUGAACGUGUUCCCCAAAGCACUUCUGUUCCUGCUUACUUACAUUGGAAUCUGUAUGUUUUCAGUGUUGACAUAUGCAUAUGUUUGGACAUUGUUUAACACCAGUCCCCCUCUCCUGUGCUGUAAACUACAGACAGUUAUCAAGCUUAUUCUGUGUGUUGUCCUCUUAGUGGAUUGGUUGUGUGAAUCAGAUGUGAUUCAGAGAAAAUAAUGGGAGAUUAUUAACAUUUUUCAUGACUAAAUUAUGAAAAUUGUAUUUUUGUUUAGUUGUAAAUUUAUUUUAUUUACAAUGGCCCUCCCCAUGUGCAUGUAAGCCCUUUGAGAUGCAAUAAAUUCAAUGAUGGAUUGAA